ACUCUAGUUUACAAAAUUCUAGGACAAAGUGAUAUAUAUACACUAAACCUGCAGAACGGAACUAAAAGAGAUAUACAGAGUUGGCCUUGUUGAAAUUUAAGAAGAAAAUUUGUACAAUGGUGAAUUUAGUUAUGGAUUAUGAUACUGAGAAAAAGGCUAUUGAUGAUACAAAAGCUGGUGUUAAGGGACUAGUUGAUGCUGGAAUCGUCGAAAUUCCAAAAAUUUUCAUUAGGCCAGCUCAUGAACUGGCUGAGGAGUUGAACAUGCCCAAAUCAACUCUUCAGAUUCCAGUGAUUGAUCUCAGUGGCAUAGAAGUUGAAGAUCGACGUAAAAAGAUUGUCGAUGAAAUAAGGGAAGCAUGUGAGAAAUGGGGCUUUUUCCAACUGAUAAAUCAUGGAGUUCCUUCAAGUGUUUUGGAUGGAAUGAUUGAUGUAACGCAUAAAUUUCAUGAACAGGAUGUUGAAGUGAAGAAAGAGUACUAUUCCAAUGAUCAAACUAGACGCGUUAGAUAUGAGAGCAAUCUGGACACGUACAAAGUUAAAGGGAGGAGUGCAAGCUGGAAGGAUACAUUAUACAUCCGGGGUCUUGUUUCUGGUCAUAUUGAACCUGAAGAAAUACCACCAGUUUGCAGGAAAACAUCCCUUGAGUACAUAAAUCAUGUCAUAAAACUAGAAGAAAUUCUUCUUGGCUUGCUAUCAGAAUCUCUUGGACUAAAGCCAGACCACUUGAAAGCGGUGGAAUGUGACAAUAGACAAGCGCUGGCAUGCCACUACGCUCCAGCGUGUCCACAACCAGAGCUAACUCUUGGUACCCCUAAGCAUACCGAUGUUUCUUUCCUUACCAUUCUGCUUCAAGAUCGGCAUGGUGGACUCCAAGUCCUGUGUGAUAACCAAUGGGCAGAUGUUACACCGAUUGAACAUGGUUUAGUUGUUAAUAUUGGUGACCUUCUUCAGAUCCUAUCAAAUGACAAGUUUGUAAGUUCAAUUCAUAGAGUUCUGGCAAAAAAUAUUGGACCAAGGAUUUCAGUGGCGUGCUUCUUCCAAGGAGAUUCUACAUCUCAUAAGAUGUUUGGUCCGAUCAAAGAGCUUGUAUCAGAAGAAAAUCCCCCACUAUAUAAAGAAUUCCUUAUAGCUGAUUAUGUCGCUUCGUUUUUCACUAAGCCUCUUGAUAAGACUAGUCUUGAUCUAUUCAGACUGUGAAGAGAGAUCGAACUCCACAUCACCAAGCAGCAGCGCAAAUCACCAUAAACCAUCAGAAAAGACUAUCAUCAUGCAAACAGAACAAUGCCAGAGUUUAUGAUUUUCGCUGUACAAUAAUAAUUUUCUUAUUAAGCUGUUUAUUUUCAAAUAAAGGGAAACAUACUCCCUUAUGUAUCCUUUGUUUUGUGCACCCCUUCCUCCAAUAAUAUGUUUCCCCUUUUAACAAAAUCGAAUCAGUUUCAUAUGA